GACAACCUGUCAAAAUGGCCCGCAUCGGUGUGAUGGGCGCCGCUAUCGCUCGAUCAUAAAGGCGGAACCUCUUCUCGCCCUGCGGGUUCCAAUCACUGCAGACUGCCCGCCCGACAUUUUUUUUUUUUUUUGUUAGCCGAGAUAAGGAAGGCGUCGUCGAGGGUGAACAUUCCGAGUAGCCGCGGCGCCGUCCGUCCGUUUAGCUUCCACCCACUUCGGGCGUUAGCUUCAUAGCAUCGGCUCGAGCGCGUCGCUUUGCUUGGCUGCUCGAUGUUCAUGACGCCGCCGCUGUGUUACCGUAGGCAAAAUUGACUAUUUUUUAUUUUAAAUUAUAUAUAUUUUUUUAAAAACCUCGCUUCUUUUAACAUUUUUUUUUUCAAACCACAAGAAACAGGCGAAUUGAGCAUCUCGCGGAGGAGCCUCCCCGCCCCUUUCCUCGUCCUCUCCCGUCUCCCUACCGGAGGAGACCCGGGACAACUUGGCAGCGAGGCCCCGAGCUAUCUUUUCCCUUCCCCACACCCAGCGACCCUCCCCUCACGCCCCCCCCACCCCCGCCCUCACGUCCACGCGAGAGCCCGCAGCUCCUUCGCUGGGAAAAACCCCGUGUGUGUGUGCGUGUGUGUGUGUUUUUUUUUUUUUUUCCGGGUCCAGUUAGCGAGGCUGGCCGAACACAGCGAACGGGGAUGACUCUGGAGUCCAUGAUGGCUUGUUGCCUGAGCGAGGAGGCGAAGGAGUCGAAGCGGAUCAAUGCCGAAAUUGACAAGCAACUUCGCCGAGACAAGCGAGAUUCCAGGCGGGAGCUGAAAUUGCUUCUUCUCGGCACAGGGGAAAGCGGCAAGAGCACCUUCAUCAAGCAGAUGAGGAUUAUCCACGGUGCCGGUUACUCAGACGAGGACAAGCGAGGCUUCGUCAGACUGGUUUACCAAAACAUCUUCACCUCCAUGCAGGCCAUGAUCCGAGCCACGGAGAACCUAAAGAUCCCCUACAAAUACGAACAGAAUCGGUCUAACGCCAUGCUGGUGAAAGAAGUGGACAUUGAGAAGAUUAACGGCUUCGAGCAGCCCUACAUUGCAGCCAUCAAAUGCUUGUGGUCCGACCCGGGGAUCCAGGAGGCCUACGACCGCCGUCGAGAGUACCAACUCUCUGAUUCCACUAAAUAUUAUCUUAGCGAUUUAGACCGUGUGACGGCCGGCGGCUACGUCCCCACGCAGCAGGACGUGCUCAGGGUCCGUGUUCCCACCACGGGCAUAAUAGAGUACCCCUUUGAUCUGGAGAAUGUCAUCUUCAGCUAUCUUUCCGAUCUGGAUCGCAUUGCAGAUCCCAGCUAUCUUCCCACUCAGCAGGAUGUGCUCAGGGUGCGCAUCCCCACCACGGGCAUCAUAGAAUACCCGUUCGACUUGCAGAGCAUCAUUUUCAGGAUGGUGGAUGUGGGCGGUCAGCGGUCAGAGAGGAGGAAGUGGAUCCACUGCUUCGAGAACGUCACCUCCAUCAUGUUCCUGGUGGCGCUGAGCGAAUACGACCAAGUCCUCGUGGAGUCCGACAACGAGAACCGCAUGGAGGAGAGUAAAGCUCUGUUUAGGACUAUCAUUACCUACCCCUGGUUUCAAAACUCCUCCGUCAUCCUCUUCCUCAACAAGAAGGACUUGCUAGAGGAGAAGAUCUCCUACUCGCACUUGGUGGACUAUUUCCCAGAGUUUGAUGGGCCGCAGAGGGACGCGCAGGCGGCGCGGGAGUUCAUCCUCAAGAUGUUUGUGGACUUAAACCCCGACAGCGACAAGAUCAUCUACUCGCACUUCACGUGCGCCACGGACACUGAGAACAUCCGCUUCGUGUUCGCCGCCGUCAAGGACACCAUCCUACAGCUCAACCUCAAAGAGUACAACCUGGUUUGAGACCCCCUGCCCCCCCCCAUCCCCCCUUCCUUUUUUGCACAACCUCCUUUUCCGAGUGCACUCGACUUUUAAUGCAACACGCGCGCGCACAUACACACAUUUGUCCAUCACAUUUAAAAAUCCCCCGCAAAAACAAAAAAAGACGUUGCGCUUCUUCCUGGUUUUCCGGCCAGCUCGGGUCAGAGCGAGCCGGCUCGACGGGCCCCGGCGCCACCCGACUCUCCGAGACGCCGGGAUUACGAACGCCGCCCACGGGAUCCGCUCGCCGCCUCCACGUCGAUGAAUGUAACCACCAGCACGUCGGAUGUGCAAUUGUGCAGAAAAAUGACCCCUCAACAGCGUAGCGAGAUGAUAUCAGGGGUGUCGAACGGGGAACGUACAAAGUCAUAAUAUUAAGAACAAGCUCGGAUUUCGAAUGACUGAACCACAAACCUUUAAGUCAGCUGUUCGGAAGUGAAAUAAACUAUUGCAAUUUAAAAUUUAAUAAACAAAGUUGUAGGAAUUACUUACACCUCAUUCCCCCCCCCCCACCACCCUUCAUUUUUCAAUUGAUCCUGUGGCCCGAUUAAAUUUUCUAUGGAAGUAAAUAUGUGCCGCCAGGAUUUGAAUUAAAAAUUAAAUGAAAUUAAAAUUCACAUUAUUUCAAAGUGAUCACAUUUUCAAUAGCUGUAUUUCAGUUUAACGUUUCAAUGUUAACAAAUUUAUCAAGUAAAAAAAAAAAAUUCAAAUUUUCAAUUCAAUUCAAUUUAAAAUUCAAACUGAAUAUUUUCAGUCUCCUGAGAUUCAACUGGCUACAAUUCACCGUUUAAAUUCAGUGUUAAGAAGGCAGCCAAUCCAGUCACGCUUUCUUAGUCACGUGACAUCACAGACUAAUAUAAUUAUUAAUUAUAAUUUCCUCUCAGGGCAGCACGGUUGAGCAGCUGCUAAAGCGUUGGCAACACAGUUCUGUGGACCCGGGUUCAAUCCCGGCCUCGCCUGUGUGGAGUUUGCAAGUUCUCCCCGUGCCUGCGUGGCUUUUCUCCGGGUGGGCACUCCAGCCCCCCCCCCCAUCCCAAAAAUAUGCAACAUUAAUUGGACUCUAUAAAUUGCCCCAAGUUGUGAUUGUGAGUGCAGCUGUUUGUCUCUGCCCUGUGAUUGGUCAGUGACCAAUUCAGGGUGUCCCCCGCCCGUUGACCACUGGGAUGGGCUCCAGCGCUCCCCGCGACCCUCGUGAGGAUAAGCGGCUAAGAAACUGGACGGAUGGAUUAAAUUAACAAAGAUCAAUUAAUUAUUUGAACUUCAUUUUCUAAAUGAGCAUUUUUUUUUUUUCCCCUCCCUUCGUGGCCCGAUUGAAUUUCCCAUCAGGAUUUUGGGCCCAUGUUUGACACCCCUGGUAUAUUUGUCGAGACACGAGAGGGCCAAGAAAAUGUUUCUGAAUUGAGACGAUUGCUGAUGCUUUCAGUUUUUUUUUUUUUUUAAAUUAAGAAUGUCACUGAUGACACGAAAAUGGAUUAGAGAGGACAUUUUUGAACGCACAGCUUCCCUCCUGGAUUCACAGGGACAAUCAAGUGACUCACUUUUUUUUUUUUUUUUGCCCCUCACCCCCUCCCCUAAUUACGAGGGUCUAUCAGCCCCCCCCACCCCGUCCCUCCCCACAUGCCUUGUCACUCAACACUGUUCAAUCAGACACUUCCUGACGCUGUCGCGCACUCGUUAUUUUCUAUUAGGCCGGGCUUAUGUUUACUCGUUUUUUUUUUUUAAACUGUAUAGUCAAUUUUUGUUGUUGUUGUUUCCAAACUAGACAAAUCGAACGAUUGCUGCUUUUGAGUGGUGAGAGGGACGAGGAGCGGGUGACGAAACCGUUUUUUUUUUUUUUUUUGCUGUCUGAAAAUAAGCGUUUGUGUAUAUUUGUUUGUAAAUACAUAUACACAACAGGGGUGUACAAAAACGCUCUGUGGUACACAAGUUUUUUUGGCAUAAAACCAACAACGACGACAAAAAACAACAAAAAAAAAAAAGGUUAGUGACUUUGGUGAGCAUAGCCCCCCUCCCCCCCUUCUAUGAGUAGUAUUGAUACUGUGAUAUUGUAUUUUGUUGAUUAUAAAAACAGACGUCACAGAGCCGAGUGGUCAAUUAGCAGUCUAUUUAUAAUACGGUGAUGAUUUUACAUUUUUUUUUUUGUAUUUAUCUAAUUUAUGGACCAGGUUUGAAGGUGUUGAUAAUUCUGCCUGCUCUUCUUUCUUUUUUUUUCCAGUGUUGAAUAAGGUACUCUGGUUCUACUCGCGACAGAGUCCCGACUUGAGUCUGAACUGCUGUAGAAAUUAAAUGCGAAAAAAAACGAGAAAAAAAAUGAGGAAUGUCUGAUAUCGUAAGGACUUUUAGUGCAUCUGCUUUCUAUUUGGGGGCGAUUUCCGUCGUUCGCCGCCGCCACCACCGAGCGUUUUCUUCAAGGAGCCCUCGCGUUAGUUUUUAUUUCCAAAAAGAAAGCAGCUCAAUGUGUAUUUACAUAUAGUUUAUGAAAGCAUAUAGAGACGGUGCUGUAACUGCUUACAUACCUUAGAAAAUGUACAUUACAAACAGUGUUUUGGGGGGUUUCUCGGGCUCUGUAUUUUAUUUAUUUUUUUUUGAACCAUUAUUAUUUUCUAUUAUUUAUUUUGUUUCUGCAUGUUUUCCGGGCUUGCUUUAGUAGUGCCAGUGACGUUACCGAUGAACUUUUUUCCACGUGAAUUUAUUCUUCUCUCAUCCUCAUUAAGGGCUAUCACAGUGGGGGUGUGAGAGAACAGCGAUGCGUAGUAUGAGUAGUGGCAAAACCCAAAAGGUCUUUAUUAUUCCCCCUCCUCCCCUUCUUUUGCGGUGUUAGGCACGACUACUACCCCCUUGCCCCCAUGCAGUACAUUUAUGUAUUUCAAAACUCACAGACGCUGCAGCCACAGUAUUUGCAUGUUAGCUGAUCGCCAAAAAAAAAGCUGUGCAGGUUAUAUCACUUUUUUUUGUUUUAACACAAUUGAGAAGUGUGUGUGUGUGUGUGGUUAUAACUGUUGGAAAAUUAUCAAAGUAUUCAACAUACCGCUUCUCAUUAAUUUUGGGUUUGUGUCUCUACUCAUCAAUCUUUUUUUUUUUUUUUUUUUUUUUUUUUAAAGGACUACCUUUUCUGUAUUUUUAUUUUAGCCACUCAUUUCAAUUCAGUUGCAGGGAACGAUGUUAGAUCUGGGGUUUAUAUGUGUGUCUGUGUAUUUUAUUUGAUAUUUUCCCCUCUGAAUAACUUGAAUGCACCAUCAUAACCAUCCAGUCCUCGCUUUCCCUUAUGAUGUACACGUGGUGGGCAACAUGUGGCCUGUGGGCCAUAUACACCAGUACUUAUAUCUGGUCUGCUGUGAAUUUAUUUAAAAAAAAAAAAAAGACACACAAAUGUUCAUAAUACAAUAUACAGUUUCUUUUUCCAAUUAUGGGCCUCAAAUUAUUAGGAUCCAUAUAUAUAUGUAAGUAAAUAUUUGCCACCAGGAUUUGAAUUUGAAAUGCCACAGAAAACAGGAUUUGAAUUUGAAAUGUAAAACACACAUCACAUUUUCAAGUUAUAUUUCAAUGUAACUUUUCAAUAUGAACAAUUCAUCUGGCUACAAUUUGCUAUCCAAAAUUCACCGUCUGUGCCACCAGGCAGGGUUACUUCAGGUCAGAACCGAACAGCAAGCCAAUCCAGUUAAGCUUUCUUCUGUGAUGUCCCGUGACAAAGAAAGCCUAACUGCGAUCAAUGUGAUCGCUUUAAAUUUCACAUUGAAAUCCUGUUUUCUGUGGCAUUUCAAAUUCAAAUUCUGAUGGCACUUAUUUACUUUAAUAAGUGUUAAUAUACACUAAUGUUGCCAUAGUAAUCCUAUUACUAUCCCGUGCCUAGCAAAAAAAAAUUAAAACUGUAUCAAUGACAGGCUCGGGAACUUCCCCACACAACUCGGGAUAAAAUUAAUUCCUUCCCGGCAUACAAAGAUGUUCAACAACCACAUCAGAAAGCAUUGAAUAUUUUUUUUUUCUCACAUACGGAAGGACAGCUUAUAAAAAUUAAUUGGGAACUGCGACUAAAUGUGGAAUUACAUAAAAAAAAAGAAAACAUUUAAUGAAAAGUCAAUUCUUAUUGAACCAUGACCUGUCAGUGGUAAAUCAAAUGAUCAAUAAUUAAGUUGUGUUUAGUUCUUUUUUUUUUUUUUUUUUUGCCCCUGGUCAAAUCGACCUAGCAACAUUAUUGCCGUUCAUGUUACCAAAGUGUUUAAAAAUAUAUAUUUAUAUCACCCCACCACACCUUCCUAUUAAUUAUUUUUUUUGUUCUUUUACACAAAACGAGACGUCGCCAGUUUCUGCUUGUGCCAAUGUUAAGUGAGCAAAAGACAUUUAACUGUUAGGUGUGUUUUGAAUGCAAAAAAUAAUAAUAAAUUUUUUUUUUUAAUUUGUUGAGCUAGUUUGUGUUGCACAGUGGUGUACUAUUUGGCACAUUUUAAAUUGAUACAGUAUAGUACAUUACAUUUUGUAUUUAUACAGUAUAUAUUCUAUAUAUGCACACACACAUACGUUGUAUGAGCAGGAAAUCGGGAUGUUUUUUUUUUUUUUUUUCAAUCUUUCACUUUUUUUAUCUUCACUGCAUCUAAUUUUAUUUUGUUGCCUUGAUGCUUUUAUUUCUCUGUAUAUUCAAAAAAAAAAAAUGACCAGAAUGCUAUUGUGUACAUGAGUUUAGGACCACUUCCCCCUCCUUGCUCCCUCUUAAAAUGAUCAAAUGUUGAGUGGUGUUUUUUUGUUUUGUAAAUCUAAUGUAAAAAAACAAAACAAAAAUUCCAUCAUAUGAUGCGCGCCUGCCAGGCUGUGUCUUCAAGUGCCAACACACCGCCGCCAAUGGAUAAUUUGCUGUUUUAGUUUGUUUUUUUGUUAUGAAACUAUAAUUAUUGCAUGUACUGUUUCUUUUACAAGCGAGGGGCUUUGGAUGUAUUGACUGAAGCCCUUUGGCUCCAGUUGGCCGGAUAUCGGUUUACACAUAACUCUCUGCCAUAUUUUUAUGUUUUCAUGUGUUUGUUUUUUUUUUUUCUUGACCACUGUUGCCUGAUCCUCAUUCAAACAUGAUGUAUGAUCAUUAUCGCCGCCGCCUUCUAAAGAGAAACAUAAUGACAAGGUUAUCUGUUUUAAGCAUUGAAAUAAAUUUG